AUGAAGGAUAACAGCAUCAUUUAGAAUUAAAUAUAGAUUAUUUUGAGUCUAAAAUUAUUUGGUUUUACUUUUAACUCUAGAAUCAACAGAUUUGAGUAAAUGAAAAUAUAAUUAGAUAAAAGCACCAUGAAACAAGCUUAAAUAUAAAAUAUCCGUUUAAUGAUAUUAGAAUCAUUAUGAAUUUUGGUGGAGAUUGAAAGCAUAAAUGUGAGGAAAGUAUUUAUUUAUACAAUCAAAAAAAUCUGAAAACUUAAUACAUUCCAGGUAAAAUGAUAUUGAAAUUAUUUGGAUCUUCAUUAUUGUCAUUCGAUUUAGACUAAGAAUUUAUAGACUGGAAUCGUUUGAGCCAUAUAGAAAUUGCAAUUGUUAAAAUAAAGAGAAUUUUGAGAUACUUGGAGUAAAUUUGAAAUAAUUAGAUAAAAUAAUUUUUGUUUCGGAUAAUUAUAACUUUGAUAACUUUGCUUUUUCUGGACGGUUCAAAUUUAUUAAGGUAGUUUCAGCAUCAGAUGAAUUAUUUUAUCAAUCAACCAAAUUAGCAUAGAAUUAUCAAGGCUAUUAUCCGAUCUCAAUUUAUCCCUUUUUAACUAUGAGUUAAACUUUUUCCUGCUGGAAAUGA